CCAUUCGCAUCCAUUAGCAAACCCUAGUAUUCAACCAUAUAGCCAUGGCUAAAACCUCUAUUAUAAUCUUGCUGCUCUGCAGUUUAACAUCUCUGGUUUCCAUUUCCAAAGCUGAAACUUGCUCGAACUACUCAUUCCCAAGCAACCAAGUCUUCGAUUCCUGCAUGGAUCUCCCAGUUCUUCAAGCAUCGUUACACUGGAACUACAGCCAACUCACCACAAAGGUUCAGAUCGCAUACAGAGCCAUCCAGAUUCCCAGGGGAUGGAUUGCGUGGGCGCUGAACCCCACGGGAAGAGGCAUGAUCGGUUCUCAAGCCCUGCUCGCCUUCCGACACAGCAAUGGCAGCAUGAUCGCUUACUCGACUUCCAUCGCAAGCUACAACCCUUCGAUGCUACCGUCCGAGCUCAGCAUUCCGGUUUCUGACAUCUCGGCGGAGUAUGUCGACAAACAGAUGAUUGUAUUUGGUGUGUUGGGGCCGUUGGGGAAUCAAACGAGUUUCAACCAUGUGUGGCAAGGUGGGAGUACGGUUUCGGACAACAUUCCUCAGGUUCAUCCGUUGUCGGGUCAGAACGUUGAGUCACUCGGACUCGUCAAUUUCUUGUCAUCUUAGGGACAAAUCUGAAAGAAACAUG